UAAGCACAUCUAAUUUGGUAGGACCCACUUCUAAACACAACGAACUCUCGCUCCUCGUUCGGUUGAGCUUCUAAGCUGAAAAAAUGGCGGGGGUUCACUAACAGGAACAGCUUUGGUUAACGGAAGAUGGAGGUUCUUCGAGCUACAGCUCCAACUUCACUGGUAUCUUUUGUCUCCCCCAAAAUCAAGGCAAAACCGACUAAUUUCAAUCUUCAAACGAAAGUUUUCCUGAGAACUCCGCUCCAGACCUACAACCUCAUCAGAUCGUCUUCGUUUCGUCCGCUACCUCCUUCGAACUCCUUCCUCAAUCGACACCAGAUAUCUCCAUCUGAUCUUAAUUUUCAAAUUUUUCUGCCAUCUUUGAAUCUAAUCAAACCCUACGUACAAGCGGAAUGGAGAUCAAUUCUCAAGGGCUGGGCCUGCAGUGUCAUUUCUGUUCUCUGUCUCUCUAAGGUGGUUCCGAAGGUCGGGAAAUUCUCUUCUGUUUUGAGUAGUAUCGACGCGAAUCGGUUCGCAAAGGAAGGCUUGGUUUUGGGUGUUUUGGUUUUGGUCCGGUUGGUUGCGAAUUACUGGCAGCAAGCUUUCCUGUGGGAUGCGGCAUUAAAUUCUGCAUAUAAGAUACGAGUUUAUGUAUUUGAGAAGGUUUUGCAGAGGGAUUUAGGGUUUUUUGAAGGUAGUGGCGGUGUUUCGGCUGGUGACGUAUCGCAUAGGAUCACUGCGGAGGCGUCAGAUGUUGCCGAUACUGUGUAUGCUCUUUUAAGUACUGUCAUACCCAGCACUCUGCAACUAUCAGCAAUGGCAACCCAUAUGCUAGUUUUCAGCCCUGUUCUUUCAUUAGUUUCAGCCUUGGUCAUUCCAUUUAUGUCCCUUGUCAUUGCCCAUCUCGGGGAAAAUCUUCGUAAGAUAUCUAAAAGGGCGAAGUUGAGUGUAGCUAUGCUCUCGGCCUACCUGAAUGAGGUUCUCCCAUCGGUUCUUUUUGUGAAGGCCAACAAUGCAGAGCUGUGUGAGGCUGCACGGUUUCAAAGGCUUGCCCAUUUUGACCUGUCCGAACAAUUGAAAAAGAAGAAAAUGAAGGCAUUUAUUCCUCAGAUUGUACAACUUAUUUAUAUUGGAACGUUGUUCAUAUUUUGUGUUGGUUAUUUGGUGGUUGCAAGAGGUUCUUUUGAUGGUUCUGCCGCAGUUUCAUUUGUAACAUCAUUGUUCCUCUUGAUUGAGCCUAUUCAGGAUGUGGGAAAGGCAUACAAUGAGUUGAAACAAGGAGAGCCAGCUAUAGAACGGUUGUUUGAUUUGACCAGCUUCAACUUACAGGUGAUGGAGAAACCAGAUGCAAUUGAUUUGGACUCUGUUACAGGCGAUGUGAAAUUUUGUGGUAUCUCAUUCAGAUAUGGGGACAACAUGCCUCUUGUUUUAAAUGAGUUGGAUCUCCACAUCAAGCCUGGUGAGACAAUUGCACUUGUUGGGCCUUCUGGGGGAGGAAAGACAACCCUCACAAAACUGCUUCUUCGCCUUUAUGAGCCGUUAUCUGGUUGUAUACUUGUUGAUAAUCAUGAUAUUCAGAACAUACGAUUGGAAAGUCUGAAGCGACAUGUUGGUCUGGUUUCUCAAGAUAUAACACUUUUUUCAGGAACAGUUGCUGAAAACAUCGGCUAUAGGGAUUUUAUGAGCAAAAUCAACAUGGAGAGGGUUGAAAAUGCUGCUAGAACUGCAAAUGCAGAUGGAUUCAUUAAAGAGCUUCCUAAUGGGUAUGAAACCAAUAUAGGACCAAGGGGCUCACUUUUAAGUGGAGGCCAGAAGCAGCGGCUAGCUAUUGCAAGGGCACUCUAUCAGAAUUCCUCUAUACUGAUUUUAGAUGAAGCAACUUCGGCUUUGGAUAGCAAGUCAGAGGUGCUGGUGAGACAAGCUGUGGAACAUUUAAUGAAAAACCAUACUGUACUGGUGAUUGCCCAUCGAUUAGAAACUGUUUUAAUGGCUAAACGAGUAUUCCUUUUAGAAAAUGGAAGGCUGGAAGAGAUCAGUCACUCGUCUCUUGUGGCCAAGAGAGGUCACUAUGGAGUCACAAGUGUCUAGUGGAUUUAUUUUUAUGAUUGUUGAAGAAGGGUGAGAACCGUGGAAGUGGAAUCAUGGCAACAAAUUAUUAGUACAUCGGUUUUUUCCUAAUUUACCAAGGAUCCAGCUCUUUUUAUUUUAUUUUUACUUGGUCCAGGUUAUGCUUGUGGAGGGGGUAAGGCUCCGUGCUGCUCACUGGUAAAAUCAACUUAUUAUUAUUAUUAUUACUAUUUUUUGUUGGUUCUCUGAAUUUAUUUCUUCUUUUAGGGAAAUAGUAACGAGGCUUAUUGCAAGCAUAUUCCAUUUGGUUAUCUACAACAUCACUACACAGCUGUUAAUGAUAAAAAAU